CCGCCAUUUACCGGCGGCUCCACACCGUUGAGCGCCGACGUGCAAGCACGCAUAAUGGCGUUCCAGCAAAAACGAUCAAACUCCGUCAAAAAAACCGACGCCUCAUCCCCGGCGUCAUCACCAACAGAUAAACCGUUACCGUCUUUACCGCCCGCUAGAAACCUUUUGCACAAGGCGGCGUCGGAGGCCGCCUUGCCCUCAAACCGGGAAAUGUCCCCAGCGCAGCCCCCGCGCCCCAAGCUUGCACUUCCGGGUGCGCCAAAUUCCCCCACAAAGUUUUCAUUCGGCGGCGCCGAAGCUAUUCAGCGAAAGGCCUCCUUAUCCGCGAGACGAGGCAUGAAGUUACCGGGCGGCUUGCCGGGAAUAGCAGAGCUGGCCGUACCGGGCCCCGUUUCCGCGCCAAGCAUGCGGGCGAAUCCCAAUAGGCCGAUUCUCAACACAACCCUCAGUGACUUGAUGGGCAAGCGCGGUGCGGCGCCGAACCCCGCGGCGCCACCAUCCGUACCACUGGGCAACCUCAAGGGUGUUUUUGCCAACUACUCCAAGUACGUGGACAUUAAGUCUGGGUCGUUGCAGUUUGCGGGAAAGGCUUCGCUCCAUUCAAAAGGGGUGGACUUCUCCUCCGGCUCCAGCUUUCACAUCUCCUUUGACGAGUUGGAAGUCAUAGAGGAGUUGGGCAGCGGAAACUACGGGACAGUCUCCAAGGUUUUGCACAAGCCCACUGGGGUUACAAUGGCAAUGAAGGAGGUGCGGUUGGAGCUAGACGAAGCGAAGUUCUCUCAGAUUCUCAUGGAGUUGGACAUCUUGCACAAAUGCGUGUCGCCAUACAUUGUCGACUUCUAUGGCGCCUUCUUCGUUGAGGGCGCCGUUUACAUGUGCAUUGAGUACAUGGAUGGGGGCUCGUUAGACAAGGUGUACGGAACGGGCGUGGAUGAGCCGUAUUUAGCGUACAUCGCCGAGUCGGUUAUCCACGGGUUGCGCCAGUUGAAGCAGGACCACAACAUUAUCCACCGCGAUGUCAAGCCCACCAACAUUUUAAUCAACUCGCUCGGAAAGGUCAAGCUAUGUGAUUUUGGUGUUAGUGGUAACCUUGUUGCGUCAUUGGCCCGCACCAACAUUGGCUGCCAGUCGUACAUGGCGCCCGAACGCAUCAAACUGAUGAAUCCGGAAGACGUUUCGUAUAGCGUUCAGUCGGAUAUUUGGUCGCUCGGGCUCUCGAUAUUGGAGGUUGCUAUGGGCUCGUAUCCAUAUCCGCCUGAAACGUAUGAUAACAUUUUCUCACAGCUCUCCGCCAUUGUUGAUGGUGUUGCCCCCAACUUGCCAGCCGAGUCGUUCUCUUCCGAGGCUCGUGAUUUUGUUGCAAAAUGCUUGAGCAAGGUACCGUCUCAGAGACCGUCCUAUACCGAGUUGUUGGCCCAUCCGUGGUUGAAACGCUACCGUGAU